GUCGCCGAGACGCCAGAACAAUUCGUGCCGCGUGCGCGUUCGUGCAAAUCGCUGGCAAUUCACAAUAAACGCCAACCACAAACUCGCAAAAUAAAAAAUACAAAAAAGAAUACGAAAAAGAAUUACACCGAAAACAAACAACAACCAAACACAAAACCAUACAAAAAUCCAAAUAAAAAUACGGUAAAAAACGAGAGAGAAAUACAAAAACAACUACAAAAAGAAGAAGGAAAUAAACUGAUAAUGCUGCGAGAGGUGCAACAAAGACGUACCGCUGUCAACUACAGCCGGCUCUGGGUGUUGCCCCUGUUGGGCCUAUGCAUCGCCAGCUUUGGUCUCCGCUGCGAUGCACGUGCGGUGAACGUGAGCAACACCUGGACAAUGCCACAGGAGGGCCUGAAUGUGUUCUAUCGCUUCUUUCGUGAUCGCAUCUCGUGGUUCGAGGCUGACGCCGUUUGCCAGUUCCAUCAUGCCAAUCUGGUGACAGUCGACAACAGUUUUCAAUUUGAUGCAACGCGCGACCUGCUGAGGGAAUUGGAUGUGAACGACAUCGUUUGGAUUGGUCUCAUGCGACCGCAGAACUCGGAUCGUUUUAUGUGGUCCAACUCACGUCCCUUGGUUGCGGAUACCGGCUACUGGGCCGAAUCGUUGCCCCUCAUGGAUGCUCCGCUGUGCGCUGUCAUCGAUCCCAUACGCGACUAUCGAUGGCACGCACUGCGUUGUGGCGGACCGGAAACCGCUUCGUUCCUCUGCGAGAUGCCCGUGCCUAGCUGGGCCGACGCUUGCAUAUUGAAGGAGAUGCCCAAUCUGACGAUGCAGUAUAUGGCGGACACGGCGAGCAUUGAGCUGAUCCGGAACUGCCAGGAAGAGGGACUCUUGCGACACACAUGUCGCGGCAAGGAGGAUCGUGAACGUGCCAUUCGUGAGCUGAUCUGCCCGAAGGAACGUCUGGAGGCGCAACGCAUCAAUGACAUCACCAACUCGCACUUCAAGUCGCUGCAAAUCAUCAACAACAUACGCACCGACAACAACGAGAACAACGACAUCGAACUGUUGCCCCUGGUGCCCAAUUACGGAGGUAGUGCCCUCAAGCUUGAGGUGGCCACCGCAGCUCCAGCUCCAGCUGCCGCAGGAGAACACUUCAGCCUCGACAAGCUGAUGCUGGCCGAUGGCCCAGUGGCACACUAUCAUAUACCGGAUGAGGUGCCGAUGCCGGUCAAGAAAUCGGCCAAGAAGGUGAAUGCACACGACGAUUAUCAGGCCAAGAAGUUGAAGCAGCAACAGCAACAGGAGAAGCAACUGCUGCUGGAGAAACAGUUGCAGAUGGAAAAGCAACAGCAGGAACAACAGCAGCAACAGGAGCAGGAGGAGAAGCCAUUGUCGCAUCUGGACAUGAUGAUGGGCGACCAGCCGGCGUUGAGUGAGGAGCAAUUGCCGGAGGAUGUCAGUGAUAGCGAUGUGUCCAAUGAGAUACUCGAGGCGUUGCCGCACAAGAAGAAGACAUUGCCACAGGAUUUGCGCACGAUGGCGCCAAUACCGGAGGAAACAUUGGCAACCACAACAACAGUUGCACCUUUGCCAACCACUAAGAAAGCAAUAGCUACCAAGAAGACAACAACAACAACUACAACUACUACAACAACAGCUGCACCGCCAACAACAACCGAGGCAGCGCCGGCAACAACAACAGCAGCAACAACUGUAACUACAACUACAAUUACAGCGCCAGUAACAACACCAGCAACAGCAACCACUACAGCAGCAGCAAUUGCAUCCACAACCGAAGCAGCAAGUGGCACAACAACAACAGCAGCAACAACUGUAGGCAUCAGCAGCAGCAGCAACACACCAGCGGCAACGACAACAACCAAAUCAACGGCGCCAUUAACGACAGCAACAACAAAAGCAACCACUGAAAUCAACAUAAUGUCAUCAACAAGCAAAACAACAACAACAACAUCGACAUCGACAACAACAACAACAACUACAACUACAACAGCAGCACCAGCGACAACAACAACGGAAACGGAGGCGGUAGCAACUACAGUUGUCGCCAACUCUAACAGCAACAUCAACAUGAAUCCGGCGCCGACAACAGCAGCAACAGCAGCAGCAAUGCCGAUAGCAACGUCGACGGUCAGCAUCGCACAUCCGAUACAUCCGGCACAGCAGCAACGCGUUGAUGAGCUGCUGCUACCCCAGCAUCCACACAUUAAGGAAACGGCGGACAAUUCGCAUUUCAUACCACCAAUGUUGCUAGUCAAGUCACACUAUGUGCCGCCAGCCAAACACGGCGAGCACUCGGAGCACUUGGAGCAUGGCGAACAUGUUGAGCAUGGCGAGCACAAGUUGGAGCACAAGCUGGAGCACGUAGAGCACAUUACAACAACUCCGUUGCCGGUGACAACAACCGUGAAGAUAGCAGCAACAACAACAACCGCUAAGCCAGCAACAACAUCAACAAUCACAGCAACAACAACAACGGCAGCAGCAAGAGAGUCUGAAAUGUCAACAUCGAGUGGCAUCAAUGUUGCUGGCGUGACAGCAACAGCAGCGCCAUCAUCACCAACAACAACAACAACAGCAGCAGCAACAACAACCAUUGCCAGUAGCACAUCAGCAACAACAGCAGCAGCAGCGGCAGCUGGAGUUGCAGCAACAACAGCAACGCCAAAAUUGCUGACCACUGAGAUGCCUCAUCUGCCUUCAACGACCACAACAAAACAACCAGCCACAUCUAAUGAAAAUAGUUCAAAUGCAACCACAGCAGCAGCAGCAGCAGCAGCAGCAGCCUCAACAACAUCAACAGCAGCACCAACAACAACAUCAUCAGCAGCAGCAGCUUCAACUCAAAUGAAAACUGAUACCAAGAAGCGAGUGCAAAGCGAAGAGUCAGAGUCAGAGCCAGAGGCGGAGGUGGCUGCUGCUGCUGUGGCUGCAGCUGCCACUGAUAGUGAUGCUGCUGAUGAUGAUGAUAAUGAUGAAAUUGAUGCAAGAGGCGCCACAACAGCACGACACAACUUCCUACAGGAGGAAACUGAGGCGCCAUUUAAGCCAAAUCGACGACGCUCGCUAACAAAACCGGAAACUGUUAGCUAUUUCAAGAAGAUCUUGGGCUAAACUGUAACUGAACCAACCGACUUUUACAGUUAGCACACAUUUCCGUUAGCAGCAGCAGCAACAUCGACACCAACAACAACAACAACUGAAGGCCCUUUCCGCUUCCCCACUAUCACUCUCUCUCUCUUUCUCUCUCUGUCUCUUGUUCUCUCUUGCUCUCGCCCUCUCUUUGGUAAUUGGUGUGCAGAAAUCAAAGCUGCAAUGCCAAUAAAUUGAAUCAGUUGAUGUCGCUGCCUGAUUCGACUUCCCAAUCCCAAUCAGAUUCAGAUUCACAUUCCCAGCAAACGUCAUCAUCAGCAGCAACAUCAAACAUCAUCAUCAUCACCGUCAUCGUCAUCGUCGUCAUCACCGUCAUUCACAUGCUGGCCAAAGUUUGUAAAACUUGGCUCCACGAAAUGAUUCCCCUUCGACCGGAAACUCAAGCUGUUAGUCAACGCCAAGCGGAAACGCAAAGCAGCCAAAGAAAACUCAAGCUCAUCGAGAGUGGAAAGUGGAAAGUGGAGAGUGAAGAGUGUAGAGUGUAGAACGUAAAGUGUAGAGAGAUGGCAAAGACAACAACGGUGGCAGGAGAGUUUCAGUUCCAGUUGGGCGCACCAAAUAUGUCAAUUUUUCAGCACAACCCACAAAACAACCAACCACACACACACAUACACACACCAGAGAAAGGGAGCGGAAAAAUUCAGGCGAAAGUCUUGUCAAAGUAAGUAGAAAAAGCAGCAGUAAAAUGUUUGAUGGAGAGUGCGGGAAAAGAAGCAAGCAAGAGAAGCGAGUAGCAGUAGAAGCAGAGAGAGAGAGAGAGAAUUGCAGAGGCCAAAUCUAAAGUAUGAUAAAUACAAAAGUGUGUUUACAGAGCUAGCAAACUACACACAUAAGCAGGAGAGUCUGUUUCAAAUUUCGCUUACAUUUACCAUUUACCUUUUACUACCCAUCUAUUUGCGAUUUACCUUUACCUAUUGCCAAUAGCACGGUUGAUACUCCACAGUCGAGAGUCGACAGUCGACGCUCGACGGUUGUCAGUUGGCCAUUUGUGUGUGGCAGCCAAGCACUUAGUUGGCCACAAUUCAAAAUGUUGCACUCGAGUAGUCGAUAGUAGUUUUCAUAUUCAUACGACGAGCACUCAGUGUACUCAGUACUCAUAAACAUGGCGCCAGCCAUUCAGUAUUAAAACACACAAGUAUUAUAUUCAACUAUAACUUCAAUUUCAAUUUGAACUUUUUGCAACGGAAUGCGAAACAGGCCUCGGUAUAAUACAAAUAUUGAUAAAACCCAAAAAAAAACAAAAAAAAAAAACAUAAACAAAA